AUGGCGGCAAUCCAUCAUCAUACAAGCUCCUCCUACUCGUCCUCUUCUUCCACUUUGCUGCUGAAGGCAAAUGCCGAUUGGCCCUCGCACUGUCCUCUGGCCACGCCUCUUUUGGGACCAAGUACACUAGCACUUUUCAAGUUCCUCAACUCAAUUUUUGAGAUGCCGAAAGAGCAGUAUAUGUGUCAGUUGUGUGCCAAUCAUGGCAUCUUCAAUCAGCCAAAGAAGGGUCACAAACAAAAGUGUCCAUAUCGAACAUGCCCAUGUUCUCUGUGUGCGCUGAACACAAAACGGCGACAUCUUGAUCAAAUAGAACGACAAUUGAAGCACACGAAUGAGCCGAUGGUUGCACAAGCUCCCGUAUCGAUGGCCAAAAGUCCAUCACAACCAGAAUGUCAACUAUCUCCGACGAUGCCGAAGCUGACACCCAACAAUCCAACGUCCGGAAGAGAUACUUUUAGGAACAGCAUUUCCAACAGCACAACUUUUGCUAUCCAACUUCCAGCGACAAUAUCCAAGAAGGAAUUUAAAAUGCUCCGUCGCGAUGAUACUACACCACUUCAAAAUUCUCUCAAACGUUCUUAUCCGAAAAGUAUUGAUGACACAAUGGAACCAAUCAAAAAAGAGAAACCAAGUAUUUUCCAUUCCGCUGAAAUGCUUGCCAUUGGAGAUUCAACUCAAUAA